AAUGUUUGGAGGAACAGAAAAAGUUUCACACCCAACCUCUUCUCCUCUGUAGGUUUAACAAUCUCAAAAUGACAAAUAGUGUAGACAUGUCUAUGCUGCCCUCUAGUGGAUAUUGUACUUCAUCUACUCACAAAGGUUCACCAUAGUGUCCAGCUCUGUACCAACAGAUGCCAGAGAUCUACCCAACAUAGAUGUCUGAACCCAACGUCGGUCCGACAUCAGAACCCAACAUCAACUGACAUUAGAACCCAUUGUCAACUGAUUUCAGAAUCCAACGUCAAAUGAUGUCAGAACCCAAUGUCAAAUGACAUCAGAACCCAAUGUUUAUCCGACGUCAGAACCUAAGUCUGUCCGACUUUCGAACCCAACGUCAGUUUGACGUCAGAACCCAACGUCAACUGAUUUCAGAAUCCAGCGUCAAAUGACGUCAGAAUCCAACAUCAACUGAUUUCAGAAUCCAACGUCAAAUGACAUCAGAAUCCAAUGUUGGUCUGACGUCAGAACCCAAGUCCAUCUGACCUGCGAACCCAAUGUUAAAUGACGUCAGAACCCGACGUCAACUGACGUCAGAACCCAACAUCAACUGAUUUCAGAAUCCAACGUCAAAUUACAUCAGAACCCAACGCCGGUACGACUUCAGAACCCAACGCCGGUACGAUGUCAGAACCCAACGCCGGUACGACGUCAGAACCCAACGCCGUUACGACGUCAGAACCCAACGCCGACAUGGCGACGUUAGAACCCAACGACGGUCCGAUGUCAGAACCCAACCUCAACUGAUUUCAGAAUCCAACGUCAAAUGACGUCAGAACCCAACGUCAAGUGACGUCAGAACCCAACGUCAAGUGACGUCAGAACCCAACGUCAAGUGACGUCAGAACCCAACGUCAAGUGACGUCAGAACGCAACGUCAACUGACGUCAGAACCCAUGUAGGUCCAACAUCAGAACCCACAUCAACUGACAUCAGAACCCAACGUCAGUCCGACGUCAGAACCCAACGUCGUUCCGACGUCAGAAUCCAACGUCAAAUGAUGUCAGAACCCAACGCCGGUCCAACGUCAGAACCCAACAUCAACUGACCCCAACGUCGUUCCGACGUCAGAACCCAACGUCGGUCUGAAGUAAGAACACAACUUCAACUGACGUCCGACGUCAGAACCCAACAUCAACUGACCCCAACGUCGUCCGACAUCCGAACCCAACGUCAACUGACUUCAGCAGCCAACGUCGGUCCAACGUCAGGAGCCAACAUCAAAUAACAUCAGAAACCAACGUCGGUUCGACGUCUGAACCCACUUUUUACAUCCCUUCAUGACAAAAACCUUUUUGAUUGUUUUUUCACUCUUCAGCCAAGAAAAAUUUUGCCAGAUCUCAGCCAAAUGUUGCUAUCCGGGGAGCCGAAACCCGCCGCCGUUUUCAUAUGCCGUGGGAUUUGGCUUUUGCUUUCCAGUCACCAUUCAUUGUGUGCGUUUUUGCGUUGUUUUGAUCUUUCUCUGUAGGUUCUACGCAUUUGGACGAUACUCUUUAAUAAAGGUCCUAAUAUGCACCCUUUAGGUACAAACCGCCCCAGUGACAUCAUUUGUAUCUUAUUUUCUGAAAGGAUAUUUAUUUACCAUGUUAAGUUAUUAAGUUCUGUCUUAUUUAGAUAACAGUGACAAGUUGUGAGCUAAAAUUAUACCACUCAACUCCAUGACAGAGUUAUUUUGAGAGUGACCCUUAUUCUAGACACCCAAUCAUGAGCCAGGGUAACUAUAGACUGGACGUGACGCGCCACACUAUUUCUAAACCGAAAACUCUAUGUCUUACAGCUUUCUUCUUCUAUACUCUUCAAGCGACUGCACUCAGGCGAUAGGCGACAAAAACAGCAAAAAUGUUGGAUGUGUUAAUAAUUGGUGGAGGUCCUCAUGCUCUAACACUCGCUACUUUACUCUUAAACCCUGACCAACCUAUCUGCCAAUCUAAUGAGGAGAUACUUCAAGGAAUUCAGCUCAGCAAAUCAAAAGCUAAAAGUGGAUGCCAUAAAAACAAAAAACGACAACCAGCCAAGGCGGUGUUAGAAACAGAGAAUAAAGGGAAACAUCUAUCAUGCCCUCCAUUGCACUUCAAGGUGGUGGAUUCAUAUGGAAGGUGGACAUCUCUGUGGGAAAGUCAGUUUACUGCCCUGGGCAUCCCACAUCUUCGAUCACACAUGCUUGUGCACACCGACCCAUUCAAUAAGAAAGCCUUGCAGGAGUUUGUGUUGGUGCAAAAUCGGACGGAGGAGCUGCACUGUCUACCCGAGCAAAUUUACAUUCAGGACGAAAAUGCUUUUUUUAACGACAACCGCCUGGGUAAGAGGGACAAAAAGCUUCUAAGCGCAACAAAUGGCCUUCAGAAGAAUCUGUACUUCAGUCUGCCAGGAACACAGCUCAGUAUAGACUUCUUCCAGGAGCAGGUACGCAAAUAUGACCUGGACAGUGUCCUUAUCAGAGCCACAGCAGACAGAAUCACUCCGGUCCUUACGGAGGAUGAGAGCAAGGUGAAGUUUUUCAACGUGAUGUUAAACACAGGGGAAAAAGUGGAGGCAAAAACUGUUGUCAUGGCGACAGGGCCUUCCAGAGCACAGAUGGCAAACAUCCCAUCUUGGGUGGAGGCAAUACAGGAGAGUUACCCAGAGGGAAGUCUACAACACACAGUACAACUCAUGCAUUACUUCUGUACACAUGAGGAAAUAAAUGAAACAGGUCCUCCACCUGUGUGUCAUAUGGGUCAGAGAGUGAUGGUGGUGGGUGGAGGUCUAACCAGCGCCCACAUUAUCUCAAUUGCUCUGAAGCAGGGUGCGAGUCAUGUGACCUGGGUCUUGCGAAAACACUUACAGCUGAAGCAGUUUGAUGUUGGGGACAUAGAGAGUCUAAUUGGACGCUAUUCACACAUUGAGCACGGGAUCAAGAUGGAUGGUCUGGCUUUCCUAAGGCAGUUUUAUAACGAAAGGAGUCUUCACAAGAGGAUAGCAAUGAUCAAACAAGCCAGAAAAGGAGGAGCGGUGACCCCAGAGGCCUACACACAACUUCAACCUUUCAUUCAAAGCGGACAGCUUCUGAUCAGAACAUACUGCCAGGUGACGGAGGCUAAAUGGUGCUAUAGGUCUCAGAGUUGGAGGGUCUCCCUGUGCAAUGGCGAACAGUGGAGCGGCGAAAAGAUUUGGCUGGCAACCGGUUGCAAACUGAAUGUUAAUCAAGAUCCUUUACUCGCAGAUGUCAUGAGAAAAUUCCCCAUUCAAGUUCUGGAGGGCUGGCCAUGUAUAACAGAAUCACUGCAGUGGAAACCUGAAUGUCCGCUUUACCUAAUGGGACAGUAUGCAGCACUUCAGGUUGGACCUCAUGCUUUAAACCUUGCCGGGGGUCAAGCUGCAAGUAUCCGCAUAUUUCAAAACAUUAUAAAUGAACACAGAGGACUGAAUGAGAGUACAUCAGGAAGAAUGGAAAAGACAAGGACUGAAGAGUAUAUCUCACAAAUGCACGGUCUCAUGUGGCUGUAACAUCUACAUUUAAUGUCAAAUAGAUUUUCGACAAUGAUGCUAUACAUUCAACCUCGACCAGCUGCCAACUGUGAAGGAUAAAGGCCCAUUUUUAGCUUAUGAUUACAAAUAAAUGACUGAACUAUGUUUUGUUUUGGAUCUUAUUGCAUACUGCCAUGAGUUUGUGAAUACAAGAGAUACUGCAGACAUUUAAGUCACAAGUUUUGUUCCAAAUCAAAUGACUCACAACUCGACACUGAUAAGCACACUUCGGAGCGUAAAAAUGACACGUGCGACUACAAAAUACACAAAAUAACAUUGUUUUUAGCAAUGAAAUAGGUCCUCUUUAAACUUUUGAGAAAAUCAUUAAAUAUGCUGGCACUGACUGGCAACAUUAUAAAAAAUACUGGCGGAUAAAGAGUA